AUGGUCAAGAUCGCUAUUCUCCCUCUUGCUGUUCUUGCUGCCUUGGCUCCCUUUGCCGCCGCAGAUAACUGUAAGACUGGGCUCAACUACUGUGGUUAUAACCUGCUGAACAUUGGCAACUACGCAGCCCAGGUUAAUGGCGCCCUUGAGGCUGCCGGCCAGCCAACCGACGACGCGCACAUCCGCGAAUCCCUCUUCCACUGCAAUGGUGGCAGCAAUGGUGAUAUCUCCUUCAUCACCUACUGUGGCGGCGGCUGCACUGAUGGUGGCUCUGGCCGCAGCGACUACUGCUGA